AAAUCGGAAAGAUUAUAAACAUACUAAAACGUGCUCAAGUCAAUUAGUCAGUUUCCAACAGUCCCUCAUCUGGAACAGUGAUCACCCCCCUCUCUCCCGGCUCUCAUUCGUCUGGCGUAUCUUCAUUUUCUUCUUUGGAUAGCUUUACAGUUCAUCCUCCCAAUGGCACACAUGUAACUCAUGCAUGUCAAAGUGAAUGGCCCUUGAUAAUGUCCCCGAUUUCAAUAUCUGGGGAAUAAUCUGAUUUUCCCAAGCAGACAAAGCACACAAAUGUCUCACCACCAACCUUUACGGUCCAUUUCUGUCUUGUCCAUUUUACAACCAGUACACCAGCAGCAUGAGAUAAGUUUGGACAUGAUCUCUCUCCAUGCUCACUCCACGUGGACGGUCUCAGGACUCAUGCUGCGCUCCUGAAAGAAAUGCCAUUGAUAGCUUCGACUGGAUGCUGUACACCGUUUGCUGGCUCGGACUCAUGUCUCUGGUAGAAGUGGUGGAGGACAGGGUCAUAGUGAACACCAUUGUCGCAAUUUCUUCAGCCGGUAAGGCUCACACUGUUCUUGGUCGAAUAAUCCCUUCCAUGCAUCUAGAUACAGUCUGGGGUCGCUAUCGCCAUAACCUUGAGAGAGGACAGACCAAAACAACAGUUUAGGGCAUUUCUGAUUCAGGAAAUCCAGACAAACUAUUCACUGUAUGACUAAUUAUUACAUUCCCAAUAUCGUUAAUACAAAUGUCUAAGACAAAUGUCAAUGAGAAUAACAACACACUGUUGAAACCAUUUUGCAAAUUGGCUUAUACUCCCCUAUCAUAUUGGCGAUCUCACAGCAGAGUUACAGGGUCAGGGAGUUAGAGGGGUAACCUUUUGAGAGAAUUCCUGACCAUACAGCAGACUCAAUCUGGUGAGAUUUGUAUUGAAGCAAAGACAAAAACAAUACAAACAAAACAACAACAGCAAUACACUUCUUCAUAUUUACCAGCAUUUACAUAUUAUACUUAAAUCUCAGGGUGAUCACGCCUCACCAGAAAGUCAGAACAGACGUCACCAUUAAGUGAGUCUGUUCUUUCCCUUUUCUUUCCCUGUAUUUCAGACUAAUUAUUUAAAGAAAGUUCAAACAUUCGGUGUACCAGGUUUGCAUUGGGUUUUUCAGUACAUUUCAGUACAUGUUGCCCUUUGCCUCCCUCCUUAGGACAUUCAUAUUCAACAGUAACAUAUACGAACAGAAUAUGAACUUUAUGCACUUCCCCUUUUCUCACCCAGUAACUUCCCACAUCACUCAGUAACUUUCCACAUACCUAGUUCCUGUUCACCCUUCCAUGACCCCUAACAUACACAUUCCUUACACGUGUAAAGUAAUCAAUACAUUCUAGUAUGGUAACAUGAAUAAGUAUAUUUCAAGCUAGAAUCCAACAGAAUGUUCUUAAUGUCUUAUACACCCAGUGUAGGAAGAUCUGCUCCUUUAAGAGAUGGAGAAGAAAGCUCAAAGUCUUUCAAUAUGGUGUUGGGAGGAGCCUGUUGCUGAAAUGAAACUAAACAGCAGAGCUGAAUGUUGAGGACCUGAAGACACUUCCUCCUUAUACAUUUCUCUGAACACUUGCCAGUCCCCUGAACUCAGUCUUACUUUGGGAUUCAAGAGAAAAAGAAGAUAAUUCAACAAUACACAUCAUCUCAGGCAUGGCGUCAGCUAACAAUCCACAGUCUGAAAUGCAGUUAAUAUGCAGUAUCUGUGAGGAGGUGCUCAAGAAACCAGUCACAACCCCAUGUGGGCACAACUUCUGCAUGGAUUGUAUCAGAGAAUACUGGAAAAACAAUGUCCUGUGCCAGUGUCCACAGUGCAAGGAGAAAUUCCCUAACAUAUCUGAGCUAAAAGUCAAUACUCAAUUAUCUAAAAUGGUUGAUGAGUUCUGGAAUCCAUUUGUGGUAAAUACCACAAGCCCCCAGGACCAAUGCCUGGACCAUCCUAGAGAGGUGUCCCAUUAUAUCUGUGUUGGGAGGGAGGUCAAGGCUGUGAAUUCUUCUUUUGAGGCCUCUUACUGUGAGACUCCCCUGGAGCCCAAUCAGAGAGUCGCAACCUUGAGGAGACAACAGCAUGUAGAGAAUCCUGAAGAACAUAUGUGUGAGAGGCAUGGGAGAUGUCUGGAGUUCAAGACCGACUACAAUAUCCACAACACUGUCGCUCUUGAAGUGGAAACCAGAAAGAAUAAUGUACAGUUAGGAAAGGCUGAAGUGCAGCAGAUGAUUAAGGGCAGACAGCAGAAAAUGAUUGAGAUCAGAAAUAGAAUACAAUCUAGCGGAAUAAAUGCAGAGCAAGAGGUAGAGAACAGUUGUCAGACCUUUAGAGCUUUAAUGCGCUCCAUUGAAAGAAGCCAGGCUGAACUCAAUGAGGUGAUUUCAGAAAAGCAAAAGGAAACCAAAAGGCUGGCUGAAGGGCUCAUUAAAGAGCUGGAGCAGGAAAUCACUGACCUAAAACUCCUCCAGAGCUCACCAUCCCUGUGCACCUCUCCACCCACCAAGGACUGGUCUGAGAUCAGGGUUCAGAGUGUUGAGAAUGUCGGCAUGGUGAGGAAAGCUGUGAAGAGAGCUGGCUCUCAGUUUGAAGAUGCACUGAAGAGUGAAUUGAAGAGGUUGUGUGAGGCUGAGCUCAAGGUUAUUCAGCAGUGGUCAGUGGAUGUAACUCUGAACCCUGAUACAGCUCAUCCCAAUCUCACUCUCUCUGAAGAUGUGAAACAACUUAGACAUCCCGGUAGACGACAGAACUACCCUGGCAAUCCAGAGAGGUUCUUCUAUAUUGCCAGCGUCCUGGGAAAGGAGGGCUUCUCCUCAGGAAGAUUCUACUAUGAGGUGCAGGUGAAGGGAAAUAGUCUCUGGAGUGUAGGAGUGGCCAGAGCGUCCAUUAAAAGAACGAUUCAUGCAGCAAAGCCUGAGAAUGGACUCUGGACUAUCCAGCUGGGGAAAGGGAAUGUCUACAGGGCCUGCACCACUGACCCUACCCCCCUCUCCCUGAGUGAGAAGCCCCAGAAGGUGGGGGUCUAUGUGGACUAUGAAGAUGGUGAGGUCUCCUUUUACAAUGCCCAGGCCAGGUCUCAUAUCUACUCGUUUACCGAUUGUUCCUUCACUGAGAAACUUUACCCGUACUUCAACCUUGGGGUUUGUGGCAUUGACAAAAUGUCAGCACCGUUGAUCAUCUCUCAUGUGAGCCAAUCAGAUUGAGAUUUAACUCGUAUCGAUUACAUUCUAAAGAAAACUGAACAUUCCAUGCAUUGAUUUAUAUUGAAUAUUUAGAGAGGUAUAUAUUGUAUCUUACCAGGAAAUCUAGAAUCACAUUUGCUGGGCUUUAUUGUGAUGUCCUUUACGAUUGUAUGAUGACAUACUGAAAAUGCAGCUCAUUACUAAUCCUGCCCCAAUAUGUCUCUGUAUCUAAUUUAUGUGGAAAUAUUAAAUUGAAUCCUCUUUGCAUUGAA